AUGGGCAGUUUCCUGGGCAAGGCGGGACCCUCGCCAUCGUCCCCAGCAGCGGGCCGCCCAGACUUGUCGGAGAGGCCCGUGAACCGCCGGCCAGCUCAGUCUCUUCACCAAAUCCACCGGGUUCAGCACGUCCAUCGUGCCCACCCUGCCCCACGGCACAGACCUGCGAGGAGGCCACCGAACUGGGAUCCUACCUGUCCCGCCACGUGGGUGGUCAAUGAGGCUUGGAGGCGCUUUCCCAUGAAGAGGUCCCAGAAUUCCAUCAUGGGACCUCUUCCUUCAGACUGGUGGGAAAGUUACUUCAAGCGGAGUAUUUGGUCUCUUCGGCACCCCAGGGCAAUGUGGAGCCCAGUGACCAUCAAGAUCGCUCCUCCAGAGCUGACAGUGCCUCCCUCCGCUUCUCCAGCAGAGGUAAUAAACUCUGGAGGGUCCUCACUCUCUGAGAAGCCCCCAGACCCCCGUGCAAAGGAGACAGUGCUGAGGGCCCUCAGAGAGUGCAAGAAAGGGAAAGUGAGGUUGGAACAACCACUGUUUCCAGAGAGCUUGGUCAGUGAGCAAAGGAUUCUAGAGACUAGACCAUCUGCAUUUAAGCCUCUGACGAAAAAUGGAGUCCUCACUUCUUUUGUGCCCAGGCCUGGGCCUCUGAAGAGAAGUCUCGGCCCCAGGAGCUCAGAUCACAGCUUCAAUAAGAGGCCCAGUUGCUCCUCUAGGGGCUCCUUGGUCAGCACACACACGGGUGGCCCCCUUAGCUCCAAAAGAAAUGCUAUUACAAGUUCUUACAGCUCUUCUAGAGAUUGCUUUGAGCCUUGGAAGAGAAGUAUUCCCAAUGUGUCACUCCAGAUACCAGAGUGGCCAGUAAAAAAGAAAGGGAAAUGUCAUCAGGCCCUCUCUCCGGUCCCGCUGGUAGAAGACGAAUCCCCAGAAACACCUGGCAGCUCUGGGGAGCAAAAUCAGAUUCCACUGCUUCUAUCUAGUCCUGGGUACCUGCUGUCCCCGACUCCACCUCCCCAGCUUGGUUAUGAAGUCCCUGAAGACCUGGCCUUAGGGAAGAAAGCUGGACUCCAACGGAGCAACAAAGCUGGAGAGGACAAGACUGAGGUCACCACAGACUCUGUCCCUGAGACUUGGUCUGGUAUUCAGCCUUCCCUGUCUCUUGCCCAGCCUUCUGCAGAAACAGCUUCAACCCAGGGCACCAAUCCUCAGUUGGAAAGCUUAAAUAAAAUGCAGAAGCCUCCAGGCCCACUGACCUUCUCACAACCUACUGGAGAGGCAAUCAGUGUGGCCCAUUCACAUCUGACAGCAAGCCUGCUGGCCCCACUUGGGUGCUCGAAGUCAGAGCCCCUUUCAGGCACCUCCUCAGACUCAAAACCCACAGCUGCUUUCAUUCUUCUGACCCCUGUUGCUCCCACAUCAUCAGUCACUGACACCACACGGCCACCUUCAACCUCUCAAGCUGCUGUGCCAGGAGACUCACCUGCCUUUACACAAAGUGCUUUGUUUGGACUAAUGAGUAGUCCAGCUCCCCAUCUUCCUGCAUCUACACCUCUUGUUGCAACUUCUGCUGACCACAUGUCAAAAUCUAUUUUAGGGCUCCCACCCAAUAGUGAGAUUGGAGGCUCCUUAUAUUCCAGAAUUUCAGAUACAGCGGCAGCAUCUUCAACUCUGAGUAUCUUAACACCCACCUUCCCGCCUAUCUUUGGCAGCAUAAAGACACUUAAAACUGUGCCCAUGAUAGCGCCUUUCUCUUUCAAGCAGAAGUCUCCACCUCCUCCUGCUUCUACCCAUCUCUUCCAUGGCCUAGUCAAGGCCACCUCUGUAGUCAUGUCCACCACCCCAGCCACCACAUCCAAAGACUCUUCUUUUAAGCCACCUUUGGAUUUUGGCGUGGUGAAUGUCACCAGUACCGUGAGCAACAUUUACUCCAUCCCUUCCACUUGCCACACUUUCCUUCUUGGGACUGCCUGUACCUUGACAGCCAGCUUCUCCCCAGCCACAGGCUUCAUUUCUCUACCACACCAGCGUCCUACCAUUCCUAUUGUCCACACAGUCACCAUCUUUAGUCAGGUUCUUCCCAGUGCUGUCCAGAUAUCCCCUACAAGGAGUACUACUAAUUUUAGGGCUGUGGGCAGCUCUCUGUCAACCUCAGCCCUAGUAACCACCAACCAGCCUGUACUGUCCUCCAGGAUCUCCAAUUCUACCUCAGCAUUCACAGUUCCCUUAGGGUCAAGCUCAAGACCAUAUUUCCCACUAUCCCUGGGAGCCACUUCCCAGCCUGCAUUUGAGACUGCAUAUGGGCAAAACAAAGGAGCUCCCCAACCAGCCCUUGGCCCAAGCUUCGGUAACUCUUUCAUUUUUGGAAACUCAACCGUGGCAUCCUCAGUCCCAAUACCAACUCCAGCCCUGCCAUCCUUCAGCAAUACCACGCACUCAGCCUUUGGGGGUGUGGCACCAUCAGCCUCCACCUUUCACAUCCCUGCCACCCUCCGAUCAGACUUUGGCAGCACUCCGGUAGGUUUUCCCUUUGAUCAAGCUAAUACAAGUGGUUUUGGAGUUGUCACUCCAACCCACCAGAGUGGGGCUUGUAAUGCGGUGUUUGGUAGCACAGCCCCACGCCCUUUUGCCUUUGGAGGAUUAGUGACCCCUAUGGACUGUGGAGAGUCUGGGAUCAGCGAGACUGCCUCUGGUGUGAGCUCCAACUCUGGAGCAUUCAGCAUUGGAGUAGUGCCAAGUGGGACCACUAGCAUCAUCACACCCUAUGAAAAAGGCUGCAGCCAAGACAACCAGAGCGCACCUUUUGCCUUGGGGAGGGCCAGCAUUUCUGCAAGCAAAACUAUGUUUGGAAGCCCCUCAAUGGCCCCCUUUGCUCAGAGCACCCCUGUACCUGGGUCAGUCAAGGCAGGCAGUAGCCUUGGCUGUGAGAUGCCCUCUUCACCUGCCCCGGGCUCUCCUGGGAGAGGAGCUUUCAGAUUGGCAGCUCCUUCAUUUUCCAUUGGUGCAAAAUCCAAAACCCCAAAGAAUAGGGAGAAAGGACAUUUCCGAAGGCAUCAUGCCCGCAGGAAAUAACCUGGUUCCUUGCCCUUUGUACUCUGAUUUGGACCUCCAGAUAGUGAAGUGCCUCAGGCUCUUCCAGUUCUCUACAGCAAAAAUACCUCAGAUCUAAGGUGAGAGAUUUACACAUUCACCUUGUGGGUCCUAAUCUACAUCCUAGAAGAAGAUGGAGGACUAAAGUAUCUAGUGGUAAUAGCAGAAUAAAGCUAAGUGGA